UAUACCCGCAUAUUAUUCUUAUUCACCCUAUAAAACGCUCUUUUCUCAAUAAUUCUUCUCUCUAUUUUAUAUCUUCUCUUCCUUUUUCUCUCUUUUGUUUAUCUAGCAAUGGAGUUAGAUAGCAUUUUGAAGUUUUUGGAGAACAAGGCCAUUUUAGUCACUGGUGGAGCUGGAUUUCUAGCAAAGAUAUUUGCAGAGAAGGUGCUAAGGUCUCAACCUAAUGUGAAGAAAGUUUAUCUUCUGCUAAGAGCUGCUGAUAACAAAUCAGCUUCACUACGGUUGCAAAAUGAGGUGAUUGGAAAAGACUUGUUCAAAGUUGUGAAGCAAAAGAUGGGAGCAAACUUCAAUACCUUCAUACAAGAAAAGGUGACUGUGGUGGCAGGUGAUAUAACUUGUGCAGACUUGGCAAUCAAUGAAUCUAAAUUAAAGGAAGAACUAUGGAGAGAUAUUGAUGUUAUUGUUAACCUAGCUGCAACUACCAACUUUGAUGAAAGGUAUGAUGCUUCGUUAUACCUUAAUACUUUCGGAGCCAAGCAUGUACUGGACUUUGCUAAGAAAUGUAAACACUUGGGGGUGCUCGUCCAAGUAUCGACUGCAUAUGUAUCGGGUGAAACGGCUGGACUAGUAAAGGAGAGUCCUUACUUCAUGGGAGACACAUUGAAUGGGAGACCAGGGCUAGACAUCGAAGCCGAGAAGAAACUUGUUGAGGACAGAUUGGCGGAGCUUCAAGCUGAGGGAGCCACAGCAGAUACUAUCAAGUUAUCUAUGAGGGACAUGGGCCUUGAAAG